CUGUUAAGACUAAUAAUCUGUCAAGGACAGUAAUGCAUUCUUAUCGGUCGAACAAUGCCGAUCUGACGGAAUAAGGCGAAGAAAUGUUCCGGCUGAUAUCUAUUAGAUAAGAUCAUUGCCUGCCAGCUAUUUUGUCCAUGGACAAAUGACCAGUUGGUACCGACAUUCGAUAAAUCGAGGAGCGUUCCAUCUAACAAAAUUCCCUCUCGAUCCGGAUAACGAUGAAAUAAUUAGAAUACUAUAAUAAUUCUUCCGCGGAUACGGUUUUCUCUCGUUGGAGCAAUGUCACGGUGACUCGUUUUGGCAAACAAUCAUGAAAUUUUUCUGGCUCCACAAGUCCAGACACGGCAGUGUCGAUUUGGCGUCAGUUUCGGAGGUCCAGACAGAGACGGUUCACCAGAUUUACAGAAGACUCUCCAAUGGCCGCAAAGCUGGAGUUUUUGGCGAGAUGGAUUUCUCGUUAACAACGGUGCCAACAUUCCAUAAAAAUUCGGACACGGCGAAACGUCUCAAGGCGGCUAUCAUGAGGAAUGAAUUUUUGAGCAACUUUAGCGAGCCUAGAAUCGUCUCUCUCGUCUCGGCCAUGUAUCCUCAAGAUGUUGCUCCCGGGACGAGAAUUAUCACGGAGGGUGACAUCGGAUCCCAUCUUUACGUUUCGGAGGAGGGUGAAUUCGAAAUUUACGAGGGCACUCGGUAUCAAGGAAAAUUCGGGGCUGGCGUCGCUUUUGGAGAACUGGCCUUACUGUACAAUUCCAAAAGAUUGCGCUCGAUAGACGCCAAGACAAAAGGCAGAUUGUGGGUCUUGGAUAGGCCCGUUUUUAUAAACGUCAUGAUAAGAACUGCCCAAAAAUGCAUGGAGGACAACAGCAGGCUUCUUCGACGGAUUUCGGCCCUGAAGGCCCUGCCUGAGCACAUCCUGAAGAAAAUAUCCGACCUGAUGAACAUCGAAUUCUUCCCAGCUGAUUCUUACAUCCUGCGCCAGGGAGAGCCUGGCGAGAAAUUCUACAUAAUUAGUGGCGGCAGGGUGAAAAUCACCAAACAAACCGAGUACCUAGACGAGGCAGAAUUGACAAUCCUCGGUAAAGGGGAUUAUUUUGGGGAAAAGUCACUGUACAACGAAGAGGAAAACCUUCGCGAAGCGAACGCCAUCGCUUUGUCUCCUGGAGUGGAAUGUUUCACCAUAGACAGAACGUCGUUCCUGAAUUACCUGGGUGGGCUGGAAGUGAUCAGGAAUAAAAACUGGACGGAGGAAUAUGAAAAACGUAAACGUUCCCUGGAAGUUCACUGGAAUAAGGAAUUUUCAGAGCUGAAGCUUACAGAUUUGUACGUUCACGCAGUUUUAGGAGCAGGUGCGAUGGGGACGGUUGAACUUGUAGUGCCAAAAUCCUCCCCAAAAGUCAGUUUCGCUAGAAAGAAGAUAAAAAAAUGCGCGAUCACUGCCAUGGGUUGUCAGAGAAGCGUCUACAAUGAGAAGUACAUCAUGCAAGUCUGCGACUCUCCGUUUAUCUGCAAGCUGUACCAAACGUUCAAGGACAAUAAAUACGUGUAUUUCUUGAUGGAGGCUUGUUUGGGUGGCGAUUUAUACACGACUCUUCGAAGAAGUGGACGAUUUGAUAAUUCAACUGCAAAAUUUGCAAUCGGGUGCACUGUCGAAGCUUUGGAUCAUCUCCAUUCUCUGGAUAUCGUGUGUCGAGAUUUAAAACCGGAGAACAUCAUGGUCGAUGACAAGGGCUACCUGAAACUGACAGACUUUGGCUUCAGCAAAAGGAUAGGUCCCUAUAAGACGUGGACGUUUAUCGGGACUCCUGAGUACAUGGCUCCUGAAAUUGUCCUCAAUGAGGGAUACGACAGAGCCGUGGAUUAUUGGUCGUUGGGAGUUCUGGUCUACGAAUUACUUGUUGGGCGACCGCCCUUCCAAAGUAAGGACGCCAUGGUGACUUAUAACAAAAUUGUCAAAGGCAUGUCCACUGUCGAUAUCCCCAGUUUUGUUAAACAAAAGGGCGAGCAGCUUAUCCGGAAGCUUUUGCGAAAAAAUCCAGUCCAUAGAUUGGGUAACCUGGAGGAUGGAAUCGAGGGAAUUCGGAAUCACAAGUGGUUUGGUUCUUUCGAUUGGCCGGCUUUACGGGCCCUCUCGUUUCCGUCACCUCUUGUUCCAAAGGUGAACAGUCAUCUCGAUACGAGGAAUUUCGACAGAUUCCCUCCUGAUCGAGAAGUCCCACCGAAUGACUACUCGGACUGGGACGCGGAAUUUUGAAUGUUUUUAUCCCUACUUUUUGGAAUCGAUUACCAUUAGGAAGUACCAUCAAUCGGAGCUUUAUCGCGAGUCUUGAUUAUCAGCGUCGGGGGAAAAGACCUCCAAAAUCAAACUUCACCACCUCGGAGCAUCCGAUGGUCAGAGGAGACUUCAACAUUACCGACUCCAAGAAUCACACCGGCCUGUGAUAACAAAUCACUUUACGGUAAACAGUAAAAAAAAAAAAAAACACCCGCUAACUUCGAUUAAUUUGCAUAGAUUUGGAAAACAGUGCGUCACUUUACUUACAGGCCGGCGUAACGAGUCGCUAAGUUAAUAAACAGGUAAAACCGAGUAAAACGCCCCCUCUUCCCCUUUCAUCCAGUGAAUAUUCCCUGCUCCACGAAA